GAUUUUUCUUUAUUCUGAUUUUUUUUCACUGUUUUGAUCAUCAUCACCAUUCAUCGAUUCAGUGAUACAAAUUUCUAUCCUUAUGUAAUAAUGGGAUGCACAACAUCAACACAAUUGAUGCAAAAUAAUAAUGGUGAUAAACGAACAAUAUCCGAUAUCGGUUGUCCAUCCACAAAUCAAACGGAUCAUAUUAAUGAUAAUUUCGGUGGUUUUGGUGGUGAUGAUAAAUCAAUCAUUAAAGAACCAAAUGAAUCAAUGAAAAGUGAUGUAGCUACAAUUGGUACAGCCAAUACAUUGAUUGCUAAUGAUGAUGAUGAAAUCAUAAUGAAUUCAUCAUCAUCAAUAAUGAGUUUUGAUAUCAAUGAUAAUAAUGAUGAUGAUGGCCAUUCUUCAUGCACAUCAAUUUAUCAUCAUCAUAAACAUCCAAGUCCAUAUAUUCAUAAACAAUUGGCAAAUAUACAGCAACCACCGCCAUCAUCAGCAACAACAUCGACCAUAUUUGAAUUAGAUCCAAAUGAUGAUAUGGAUGAUCGUGCUAGUACAAGACCAUUAAUGUCGAUUAAUGAUCUACAACAAGCAACAGCGGCAGCUAUCGCUGCUGAACAUCGUGAACAAAAAAAAAUUGUCAACAAAACGACUACAACAUCUAUGACAACAAUAAUUGAUGAAAACGACAAUCAAACGAUAACUGAAACCAUUACUUUUAGCAGCAAUACUAAUAAUAAUAACAAUACUAACAACAAUAAUAAAAUGGCCGAAGAAGAGGUUGAUAUUGACCUUAAUGAUCCAGAGGUAGGAAAAGCAGCUGUAAAAAUACAGGCUGGUUUUAAAACUUUUAUGGCUAGCAAAAAUAAAAAUAAAACUGAGCCAUCAAAGGAACAGCAGCAACAACAACAAAGUUCCAAAACAAGUAGCGAUAAAAAACCUAAUUCCAAUGAUUGUGGUGGCAAUGGUGAUGACGAUGACAAGUCAAAAGCAAUUGACGAAGCGUUAGCGGAAAUUGACCUAAAUGAUCCGGAUGUAGAACGUGCAGCACAAAAAAUUCAAUCAUCAUAUCGUGGAUUUCAACAGAAUCGUAAAUCAAAAACAAUGACUACCGAAACCACGUUUGAAAAGAAAACAUAGUAUUUUUUUCAACAAAAAAAAAAAACAAAACAAAACAAAAAAAAUUUCACUUUUAAAAAUUUUCAAUUAAAUAUACAACAAUACACACCCACACGCACUUCUAUAUUUAAUUAUAGCAGACACUAUUAUAUUAUAUUAUUAUACUUCAUCAUUCUUUUUAACUAAUUUCACCUAUGCGAUGCGCACAAUCAAGCCAAAGCAAAAAAAAAAAAUAAUUAUAUACAUUAUUUUAAUUUACAUUCUUCUUCAUCAUCUUUAACCUAUAUAUAUAUUCUUUGAAAUCAAGACAUCAUAAAUACCCAUGAAAACUGUGGUAUUUAAUAUGAAAAUGCUUUUUUGACAAUCUAAAUACAUACAACACACACACACACAGUAGACCACCGAAUAUACAUAUGAAUGAAUUCAAUUUUUUUUUUUUGAUGAUUAUAAACCCGUAGCAAACUUUUCAUACAUUGACAACAAUAACAACAACAGUCACUUGAAAAAAAUGGAAAAAUUUUCCUUUCUUCUAAGGGCCCUAGGUUCUCUCUCUCUUUCUUGAUAUAUUUGUAGAAACAUGUAGGAAAAAAAUGUAGAAUAAAAAAAAUUCCAUAAAUUCAUUGAUGCAAUAAACACACACACAUACACAUUUACAAAGCACACAACAGAUUUUCAGAAUACGAUUAAACAAAAAAUCAAACGACCGACGGAAUAAAUGAAUGAAUGAAUCACAGGUUUUUCAUUUUAGAUUCGCUUGAUUCACACAUUAGCAACGAAUAGAAAACCUUUGAAAUUUUUUUUUUCUUAAGAAAAAACGAAAGUUUUUUUUCUUCACACACACACACACAUGGUAUCAUAAAAGCCUUAUCAUAAAUCAAGAGUCAAAAAAGAAAAAAAAACAACAACAACAACAAUUUCCUCGCCUCUAUUCUCUAUUGAUUGAAACCUGGAAUAAUUUCAUCAUCAUCAACAACAACAACAUUCAUUGAAAAUAAGAAACUAAAAAGGAAAGUAAAUACUAUAUCACAUUUGCUGUAUAUUAUGUCUUGUGUGUGUGUGUGUGUGUAUUAAUGAUGUUGUUGAUGAUAAUGAAAUGCAAUUUUGCAAAAAAAAAAAUAAAUAAAUUCCUUAUUCUUGGCCUUUCGUUU